CGGACGCAGCCCGCGCGCUCCCCGGGUGGUUCCACCCGGGCUGCGCUCGGAUUCCCGGACCAAGACCGAGGGGGCGCCGGCUGCGGGGGCCGAGCCCCCGGGGCUCCACAGCCAAGCCGCGCCCCCAGGAGCUUUUGGAAGGGCGGCCUUCUGCAGCUGGGGAAUCCGCUCAGCGGGGAGAAUCCGCGCCAGGGAAUCCAGCUCUCCGGACUCCGCUGCAAACAAAAAGCACCAGGUCUUGCUCCCCCCCCGCCCCCGAAAGAGUUUUCUGCAAAAAUGCAACAAGUAGCACCCGGAAUUCGCCGAGCGCCCUGAGCGCCUGACUUGGCCCAGCGAGGCCCGCCUGCAGAGACAGGGGCCAGCCACCGGACAAAGAACGGAGGAGGGGCUGGACUGCGCAGUGAAGUCCGAAAGAGGCCAUUUAGCGACUCUGGCCAGGCCAAGGGGAAUGCAGAGGAGACACAGAGCAGGCAGGCUAAGAGGACGAUCCGGCCGCAGCAAGCAGGGCGGGCGGCGAUGGAGGCUGACCUCGCCGUGCGCUUCCUGCUCCUGGUGUGCGGCUGCCUCGCGCUCCCGCCGCGGGCCGAGCCGGUGUGCCCUGAGCGCUGCGACUGCCAGCACCCCCAGCACCUCUUGUGCACCAACAGGGGGCUCCGCUCAGUGCCCAAGACCAGCUCUCUGCCUAGCCCGCAGGACGUGCUCACCUACAGCCUCGGAGGCAACUUCAUAACUAACAUCACCGCCUUCGACUUCCACCGCCUGGGGCAGCUCAGACGGCUGGACUUGCAAUACAACCAGAUCCGCUCUCUGCACCCCAAGACCUUCGAGAAGCUCUCCCGGCUGGAAGAGCUCUACCUGGGGAACAACCUUUUGCAGGCGCUAGCGCCUAGCACGCUGGCCCCGCUGCGAAAGCUGCGCAUUCUCUAUGCCAAUGGCAAUGAAAUCAACCGCCUAAACCGCGGCUCCUUCGAGGGCUUGGAGAGUCUGGUCAAGCUGCGGCUGGAUGGGAACGCCCUGGGGGUGCUGCCAGACGCAGUCUUCGCCCCCCUGGGCAACCUGCUGUACCUACAUCUGGAAUCUAACCGGAUCCGCUUCCUGGGCAAGAACGCCUUCGCCCAACUGGGCAAGCUGCGCUUCCUCAACCUGUCUGCCAACGAGCUGCAGCCUUCCCUGCGCCACGCGGCCACCUUCGCCCCGCUGCGCUCCCUCUCCACUCUCAUCCUCUCGGCCAACAGCCUGCAGCACCUGGGCCCGCGCGUUUUCCAGCACCUACCGCGCCUCGGCCUUCUCUCGCUCAGGGGCAACCAGCUCACGCACCUCGCGCCAGAGGCCUUUUGGGGAUUGGAGGCCCUGCGCGAGCUACGCCUCGAGGGCAAUCGGCUGAGCCAACUUCCCUUGGAGUUGCUGGAACCUCUGCACAGUCUAGAGGCGCUGGACCUAAGCGACAAUGACCUGUCUGCCCUGCACCCCGCCACCUUCGGCCACCUGGGCCGACUGCGAGAACUCAGCCUGCGCGACAACGCGCUCAGUGCCCUCUCCGGGGACAUCUUCGCUGCCAGCCCGGCCCUUUACCGGCUGGAUCUAGAUGGCAACGGCUGGACCUGCGACUGCCGGCUGCGGGGCCUGAAACGCUGGAUGGGCGACUGGCACUCGCAGGGCCGGCUUCUCACCGUCUUCGUACAGUGUCGCCAUCCCCCGGCUCUGCGGGGCAAGUAUUUGGAUUACCUGGAUGACCAGCAGCUACAGAACGGGUCCUGCGCGGAUCCCCCGCCCUCGGCGUCCCCGACAGCCGACAGCAGGCGGCCCCUCCUCCCCACACCCUCGGGGGAAGAGGAGAUGACGCCCCCUGCAGGAGGUUUUGCAGAGGAGCUGCCACCGCAGCCACUGCCCCAACAGCGGGGGGGAUUUCUAACUGGAGUGGCCUGGGACGAGGCCGCCAGGGAGCUCCUGGGUAACCACAGUGUUCUAAGGCUGAGCCGGAGGGGCCCAGGCCUUCUGCAGCACGCGGACCCCUCUGCAGCUGCUGCCAUGGGCCCAGCUCCACAGCCCCUGGACCUGCACGAGAAGCCCCAGCCUGGACGUCCGACCCGCGCCGGCCCUUCCCGCGCGGACCCCACACCGACGGCCGAGCCCGCCCUUGCAUCAUCGCCCGCCCGCCGCGCAGCGAAGCAGCGCCUGGCCUCCGAGGAGCAGCAGGAGCGCGCUGCCCAGUCCGACGGCGGGGUUGGCCUGCCGCCGCUGGUGUCGGAUCCGUGCGACUUCAAUAAGUUCAUUCUGUGCAACCUAACGGUAGAGGCUGUGGAUGCCAACAGCGCCUCGGUGCGCUGGGAGGUUCGUGCGCACCGCAGCCCUCGGCCCCUGGGCGGCGCGCGCUUCCGCUUGCUCUUCGACCGCUUUGGCCAACAGCCCAAGUUCCACCGCUUCGUCUACCUGCCCGAGCGCAGUGACUCGGCCACGCUCCGCGAGCUGCGCGGGGACACCCCCUACCUAGUGUGUGUCGAGGGCGUGCUUGGGGGCCGAGUCUGCCCCGUGGCCCCCAGAGACCACUGCGCAGGGCUGGUCACCCUGCCGGAGCCUAGUAGCCAGAGUGGCGUCAACUAUCAGCUGCUGACCUUGACCCUGCUGGCCGUCAACGCGCUGCUGGUGCUCCUAGCUUUGGCUGCCUGGGGGUCGCGCUGGCUGAGGAGGAAGCUGCGGGCCAGGCGGAAAGGCGGGGCCCCGGUCCACGUUCGGCACAUGUACUCCACCCGAAGGCCCCUGCGCUCCAUGGGCACCGGCGUCUCUGCUGACUUCUCUGGAUUCCAGUCUCACCGGCCGCGCACCACCGUGUGCGCGCUCAGCGAGGCCGACCUCAUCGAGUUUCCCUGCGACCGCUUCAUGGACAGCGCUGGUGGGGGCGCUAGUGGCAGCUUGAGGCGGGAGGACCACCUCCUGCAACGAUUUGCAGACUAGAUGCAGGACCUCCAGGAGACCAUCUCAGUGGUCUUAAAGUGCCUCUCUGGGGCCCCUCCACCCCACCUCAGUGGAAAGCCUUCUUUUAUCAAAUCUCCUACUCCCUUUUUGUGCAUUUGCCAGAGAAUCCAAGGGGACAGAGAGCCACUCACCAGUACUUGUGAAGUAAAUGGAUAGUACUUGGUGCUUAAAGCCAAUAGUAGGGGACGGCUGGAUGGUGGGGCAGAGGUGGGAGACUUUGGUGCCACUAGGGAAUGGUUCCUGGAUUGGAUGCAAUGCACUCAUCUGGCCUCCUUUGGGGUAGACAGGAGUGCUUGUAUCCCCAGCGUAGCCAGAAGGAUUCUGGUGCAUGCUUUAUGUUUGCCCAGUGUCAAACAGAGGAGAUUUAUUUCUAUUUAAGGAUAAAGGAACUUGACACCAUUACAAAGGAAGUUUGGCAACUGACCACACUGGUUUGGUGGUCUCUGCCAAGGAGGUUGUUGUACACAGGUGGAAACUCUCACCUAGGAACUCAUGUAUGUUGGCUGAAGGUGCAUUCAGGAAACUGGAAGGUUAAAUAACAACAGACACUAUUUUUUUCUUCAACAAUGUGAAGAGCUCUGAUAUUUAACAAACUGAUGGAUACAGACUGUUUUCGUUAGAGUGGGCUGUUUGAUUAUUUUCCUUUUAACAUGAACAGGAUAAGAACGCUGGGCAACUUUGACAGUAACUAAAACUUACGUACUUUCUCAGGAGACAGUUGCAUGCAAGACCUCUCUGUCAGGGUUGCUCCUGUGGUUUCAAUUGUAUUUUUUAGACCUAUUAUGGAAAAGGAAAUUUCAAUACCAGAUUUGAUAAAAGAAUGUAAUAUGUAUGUAACUGAUGACUCCCUAGGGAACUCUGGGUUCCAGCUCACUUACCACAUCUCUGACAGUGUGUCCAGAUGGGAAUAAAUGCAAAGUGCUUAUUGCAUUUUUAUCAGUGACACUCACUUGACUGUGCCUACUUCUCUUGAGUUUCGGUUAAGUGAUAAAAGUGAUUUCCUAAUGGGGAAGCAGAAGAUAAUUGUCCAGGCUGGGGGUAGCUCAGUGGUAAAACACUUGUUUAGCGUGAAUGUGUGAGGCCCUGGGUUUGAUGCCCAGCAAAACAGGGACAAAAGAAAAGGUGAUUGUCAAUUGACAGUGUUGCCUUUGACCACAUUAAUGCUUUUCUUUGUAUGAAAUAGAUGAAAAAAUUAUGGAAAACAAAUGUGAAAAGAAAUACAUCAGUGGGUGUCUGUUUCUACUAAAACCAGGAAAUUGUUAUGAGUAUUUAAACCUCACUGUGAAAUAAUUAUAUGUUUUCAAAUUAAUCCCUCUACUACCCAGUGUUUUAUUGUGUUAUUAAAUCUUAUCUUUUAGUAAAUAGUUGUA